AUAUAAAAAUUAAUUUAAUAAAAUUGUAUUAAGUGUUAAGCAGAAAAUAACAGGAAGAAAUUAAUUUUAAAUUGUGUAAAUACCUACUUGCAUAAUUGUAAUUUAGUAUUCAAAAAUGAAGAGCUUUGUUUUGUAAACAAUAUCACCGGCAAGCCUAAAUUAUUUUAGAAAUACCACCAGAUGUAUUAAAGGGCCAGAAAAUACUACUUUUUAGAGAAAUAUGAGUGGAGCAGUGUAUGGUGGAGAUGAAGUCGGGGCCUUGGUCUUUGACAUAGGUCAUAACAGUGUAAGAGCAGGAUAUGCAGGAGAAGACAGUCCAAAAGUUGAUAUACCAACAACUGUGGGAGUGUGGCUCGACUCUGAAGAUGAAGUAUCUGUUCCUGUUACUCAUUAUAACAUUGGAUUAUGUGCUAUACAUGUGUGGAGACCAGAGAUGGAACUUAGCAGUUUCCUGAAAGAUGGGAUGGUUGAAAAUUGGGAUAUGUUUGAAAAUUUUCUUGAUUAUAUCUAUUAUUCAGCGUUAAAGGCUGUGCCAAGAGAUCACCCAAUAUUAUUAACAGAGCCUCCAUGGAUUACACCACCUAAAAGGGAAGAGAUGGCUGAACUAAUGUUUGAAAAAUACGGAGUUCCUGCUGCGUACCUUGCUAAAAAUGCUAGUUUGGCUGCCUUUGCAAAUGGUAGGCCUACAUGCUUAGUCCUUGACAGUGGAGCCACUCACACUUCUGCUGUUCCAGUUCAUGAUGGGUAUGUUUUAACACAGGCUGUUGUCAAAUCACCAGUUGGUGGAGAUUACCUUAGCGAGCAAUGUAGAAUUUAUUUACAAGAGAGAGGUAUUGAACUGGUUCCUCCUAGUUUUGUUGCCUCUAAGGAAAUAGGGAGACCUGAAGACUUGCCAAAUUGGCAAAGACGUGAUGUUCCUUAUAAUUUGACUGAUUCUUGGUUUGCCUACAUGAUCAGGGAAGUGAUGCAAGACUUUCAAGCAACUGUUUUACAAGUUUCUGAUAGUUCUUACGAUGAAGAAAUUGUAAAGACUAUGCCUACUACUCAUUAUGAAUUUUCAAAUGGAUUUCAUAAAGAUUUUGGUGUAGAAAGAUUCAAAAUUCCUGAACCUUUGUUUAACCCAACUAAUGGAGCUAAAGCUGGUAUUCAGCCCAUUCUUGGUGUUGGAUCUUUGGUUACAACAAGUGUAGGAAUGUGUGAUAUUGAUAUUAGACCAGCAAUGUAUGGAAGUGUAGUUGUUACUGGCGGAUGUUCUAGUCUUCAGGGCUUCACUGAAAGACUUAACAGGGAUCUGGCAGCAAAAACACCUCCAAGUAUGCGCCUCAAGGUUAUUAGUGCCCCAGGAGCUUCAGAAAGAAGAUUUGGUGCCUGGACAGGUGGUUCAAUUUUAAGUUCUCUAGGUUCAUUCCAGCAAAUGUGGGUAUCGAAGCAGGAAUAUGAAGAAGGUGGGAAAGCAGUGGUACAAACGAAAUGCUUUUAAUUUUAUCUAAUGACUGAUUUUAAUUUUUUGUUCUCCUAGUAUUAUUUUCAUAUGAAGGAUUUUCUUACAGUUAUUAUGAUAGUUUAUUUCUUAAUGUAACUUCUAAAGAAGAAUUUCCUGCCAACAAAAAAAAAUUGACUUUUUUAUAAUCUCUUUUAGAAUCUCUAUAAUUUUUGACAAUAAUUUAAGACGUUUCAAUUAAUUAGUACAUUUUUUAUACAUUACCGAAUAAUUUUAUUAACAAAAGUACUUCAUCUGUACUUCCUAUAGCAGGAAAAUUUUAUUUCUGAGUAAAUCUGAAGUAGACAGAAAUUCUGAGUAAAAUAAUCGAAAAAUGUAUAAAAGAAGGUGAAAAAGAAUAUCUUUCAAUAUUUUUCUCAUUAAAUAAAAAAGAAUAAAAGUAAGGAAAUUCUAUCUUAAAAAAUAUUUUGUGACAAUAAUUUUGUAUCUUGUAGCUUUUGUAAUAUUUAUUACACGAGUAUAUUUUAGUUAGUUAUUUUAUGUCUUAAUAUUUUAUGAUUAUGAUAUACGUUUACUUAUACAGAGUGUCCCAAAAAAAUCGUAAACAAUGGGAAUUUUUUUAUCGAGGUAUUGAAAAAGACCUUUUUUCAAUAACAAAACCAUUAAACUAAUCCCUUCUGUAACGAACUUUAUGGCACACUCUUUAUAUUUGCACAGAUCUUGAUAGACUAGAAAUUCAACUGUAUUAUAUCCAAAAAUUAAGACUGAUGGAUUUAAUUUCAGCAGAAUGAAAUCUGCCUAAAAAAUAAUGUUGAGAUUAUGUUUUAAAUAUUUUUUGCUGGCCAGUAAUAGUUUAAAGCUUAAAGCUGAAACUAAGUUAGGUAGAUUAUGUGUUUCUGUAUUAUAUUUGUUGUUCUGUUUAGUAUUAUCAGUAAUUUUGUGAUUUCAUAAAAUGUGGUAAACGAAUCAAAGUCUUGUUCGUGGUUACACUAAAAAAAUUCAAUGUUCUGACGGUUGGAAUAUACAGAGUGCCCCAAAAUGUUCUCAACAAAUGGAAUUCAAUAAUAAUACUGCACUGAACUUUUUGGUACACCCUGUAGACAUAACUAGAAACAAAUAUUAUCAGAAUUUUGUUUCCACUGCUUUUGAGCAGUAUUAUUUAUUAUUUUUGUGCUUUGAGCACGAUAUUUUGUUUUAUUUUUUUAUCAAGAUACUGUCCCAGUUUGUAGAAUAGUGAUUAUUGAAAUUAGAAACUAGUCAUUUUAACGGUAAAUACUCGUCUAAAAAUUACUGAUCUCAAAAUUUCGUUCUUUCGUGUGAUAAUUUCCCGUUUGCAAUAUUGAAUUUAAUGUUCCUAUUUAUGUGUUGCCAUAUUUUAUUUUCUUUUGCACAUGCAGCUGUAUGUGUCAUUUUAUUAUUGUAACUCAUUAUGUGCCAAUAAAGGAAUAUCUUACAGA